CUCUCUCUCUCUCUCUUCCGAAGCUUACGAAGCGCCUCCCAUGGCGCCCAAGCCCAAGCCGACGCAAGCGAAACCCUCGCCUCCUCCCUCCGGCGGCGCCUCCUUCUCCGCCUCCGCCGUACCCCUCGAGGAUCUCUUCUCCGCGCUCCAUCGCCAUGCCCAGAGCUUGGAGUUCGACCAAGCCGCCAAAGUCGCCGACCAAGUGCUGGCGAUUGCUCCGGGAGACGAGGACGCCGUGCGGUGCAAGGUGGUGGCGCUGAUCAAGUCCGACGCGAUCGACAAGGCUCUCGCCGCGAUCGCAGAUGCCGGGCGCCUCCCGAUCGAUCUCAGGUUCUAUAAGGCCUAUUGCUUGUAUAGGCAAAACAAAUUGCAAGAAGCACUGGAUUCUUUAGAUGGCCAAGAAAGGGACUCUGUGGUUCUUCAGUUGGAGUCUCAGAUUCUUUAUCGAUUGGGAAGAAUGGUUGCUUGCACGGAAAGUUAUGAGAAGCUUCAGAGAUUGAAGAUUGAUUCCGUAGAUUUAAAGACGAAUAUCAUUGCUGCAAUGAUUGCUGCUGGAAGGGCUUCUGAAGUCGAAAGAACCAUGGAUGCACUCAAAGUGAAAUCUUCUAGCAGCUUUGAGCUUGCAUACAACACUGCAUGUUCCUUGAUUGAAAAGAAAAAAUAUGCAGAAGCUGAACAACAAUUACUCUCUGCUCGAAGAAUUGGUCAGGAGAUGCUUAUGGAGGAGGAUUACGCUGAUGAAGAGAUAGAAACUGAACUAGCUCCGAUAAAUGUACAGCUAGCUUAUGUUCGACAGUUACUAGGACACACCCAAGAAUCAGUUGAAGCUUAUGUUGGUAUUAUUAAUCGAAACAUAGCAGACGCUUCAUCACUAGCAGUGGCAACUAACAACCUUAUUGCACUAAAGAGUACAAAAGAUGUUUCAGAUAGUCUGCGGAAGCUUGAUCGGCUGAUAGAAAAAUCUGCUGGUUCGAAGCAAUUUCAGCUUGCUCAUGGCCUUGACUUUAAGUUAUCUUUGAGGCAAAAAGAAGCUUUAUAUUCUAAUCGUGUACUUCUGCUUCUUCAGGCAAAUAGGAUUGAUCAGGCUGAGGAGCUGGUCUCAGCACUUCCAGAGAUGUUCCCAGAUAGUGUAGCCCCCGCUCUUCUUCAAGCCGCGGUCUUUGUAAGAGAAAAAAAGAUACCAAAAGCCGAAGAAAUCCUUACCCAGUUUGCGGAAAAACACCCCGAGAAGUCUAAGCCAGCCCUUCUUGCUCUAGCUCAAAUAGCUGCUGCCGCCAACCAUUUUCAAAUUUCUGCAGAUUCGUUGUCCAAGGUACCUGAUAUCCAACACACACCCGCUACCAUUGCUACCCUUGUAACCCUAAAAGAGCGGUCAGGUGACAUUGAUGGCGCCCUGGCCGUGCUUGACUCCGCAAUCCAAUGGUGGAAGAAUGCCAUGGCAGAAGAUAGCAAGCUUGAUCUCAUUAUGCAAGAAACUGCUUCUUUUAAGCUCAACCAUGGGCGUGAACAAGAAGCCGCUCAACUGUAUGAAGAACUUGUGAAAAACCACCAAAGUGUUGAGGCUUUGGUGGGGUUAAUAAGCACUGCAGCUCGAACCAAUAUUGAGAAAGCAGAGCACUACGAGAAGCAGCUACGGCCGUUGGCAGGUCUAAAAGGGAUAAAUGCAGAGAGCCUCGAGAAAACAGGGGGGGCGAAGUACACUGAAGGGGGGGCUGGACCCCAUUUGGCGAAGGCUGAAGUUACGGAGGAAGUGAAGAAGAUGAAGGCGAAGAAGAGGAAGCGGAAGCCAAAGUACCCGAAGGGCUUCGACCCUGCGAACCCAGGCCCGCCGCCGGAUCCCGAGAGGUGGCUACCCAAGAGAGAGAGGUCAAGCUACCGGCCAAAGAGGAAGGAUAAGAGAGCGCAGUUGAGGGGAUCUCAAGGAGCAGUGGCGGGUAAAAAGCAUGACAUAACUGCUGCAGCAAGCAGCGGUAGCUUCUCAGGAGGUGCUUCCGCUUCAAAACCGGCACAAGAUAGUGCCGGUUCUACGAAAGGCGCGUCGCAGAAUGUGGCUAGCUCUGAGCAGCCCAAGGCCUCCAGGAAGUCAAAGAAGAAAUCGCGAUCUUAAGGGUUGCAAUAAACAAGCUGCUUCUCAUAGAUUUCUUUUUUUUAAAAAAAAUUUAUUAAGACAUUUUGUAUUUGUGAGGGCUGAGGAUCAACUCUUUUUUGCUUUUGCAGAGCGGAACCAAGUUAUUUAUAGUCUUUUGAGGCAUAAUAUGGUGUACCAUGCGGUUAGCUUCGUUUUGCAUCUCGAUGUCUGUACAAUUGUUGAUUUGAAGCAUUGGAAAAAGAGGGGGGAUUUUGGAGACAUUUGAGAAAUUUUUGUUAUCAAUUUGCCGCUGAAUUU